AUGACUGUUGGAAUAUUUACCAUAGAAGUUGUAUUUGCUUUCAUUUUAACUAUAGUAUUACUUAACCGGUAUGGGAAUUGGAAAACUCAAAAUGUUAUUGUUACGAUUACUGUGUUAAUUUCUUGGUAUUUUUCACUUUUGAUUAUUUUUGUUCUUCCUAUUGAUAUAUCUUUAGCUACUUACCGUAAAUGUAUCAAGUGUUAUAAAAAUGAAUACUGCAAAAAACCGUGGAGCUAUGUUCCACCAUCUACACUACCAAAUUUUUGGAGAGUUGUAUACUGGACUUCACAAUUACUCACUUGGUAUCUUUUUUUUAUAAUGCCAUUCAUGCAAUAUUAUGUAAAAUCAGGUGAGUUUACAUUGAAAGAAAAAUUAAAAAAUGCUAUAAAAUAUAAUACUAUAUAUUAUAGUACAUUAUUGACAAUAGCAACAGUCCUACUUAUUUACAUUGCUUUGAAACGGGGUGUUCAUCUUAAUUGGCAAGAAUUAAAAGCUAUUGUAUCAUCUGCUAGUAAUACUUGGGGAUUAUUUCUCUUGAUAUUAUUAUUGGGUAUUGCUUUAGUUGACAUACCUACAGAAUUAUGGAGAACUAGUCAGAUUAAGUACAGAUUAAAGAAAGUAUAUUUCAAGCUCUCAAAAUUAAACACAGAAAAAUUAGAAUCUGAAGGAGCAUUAGAAGAUGUAGUAGAGUCGAUAAAAAAUGUUAGUCUUAAUAUUAAUCCAAAUGAUCAGCUAUAUGAUUGUUUUCAAAUAAUUCUAAAAAAAGUUCCUGAAGAUUACCAGGAAUCAAUAACAAAUUUAAGAUCAAGUCCUAGUAAAACUCAAAUGACAACUUCAAUUGGUUUAUUAACUAAACUCCAUAAACAACUUAUUACUGCUGUUCAUAUGUAUCAAAGAACUGAAACGCAAGGAAAUAUAACAUUAGAAAAAGCAAUAUUUUUAGAAGAUAUAAAUUUUAAUAUGUCAUCCAAAGACUAUCAAUUUGUAAAAACUUCAAAUAAACCAUCAAAAUGGAAUAAUUAUUUUGAUACAUCAAAAAUUGAAUGGUAUUGGUGGUGUAGAGUACACCCUACACUACUGCGAACAUUAGCUGUUUUUACAGGAUUGUUAUCAACUAUUAUUGUUUGGUCAGAAAUAACAUUUUUUAGUAAAAAACCUGUGCUUUCUAUUUUUGCUUUAAUGGUUGAAGCUGCUCAACUAUCAGAUGAUUAUGUAAUGAUACAGGUUCUUUCCACUAUUUCCAUUGCAUAUUUGGCAUACUGUACGUAUUCAACAUUAUUCAAAAUAAAAUUUUUGAACAUUUAUUAUUUGGCACCAAACCAUCAAACUACUGAAAGUAGUUUGAUAUUUUUUGGAUUGUUAUUGAGUCGACUUACUGCACCAUUAUGUUUAAAUUUUUUGGGUGUAAUUCAUAUGGAUAGUCAUGUUAUAAAAAGUCGUAUUUUAGAAACUGACUACACUCAAAUAAUGGGUCAUAUGGAUGUAAUUACCAUUAUAAGUGAUGGAUUCAAUAUAUACUUUCCAAUACUAAUCCUUGUUACAUGCAUGGUAACAUAUUUCAAAAUUGGUUCUCGAAUAUUGUCAAUGUUAGGAUUUCCUCAAUUUUUAGAGGAUGAUGAAUUACUCAAUGAUUAUAUUCAAGAAGGUCGUGCAUUAGUUAUUAGGGAAAAAGAAAGACGUGUUCGUAAAUUAAGAGUCAAUUUAAUGCGUAAAACACAUUUAUAUAGAAAUUAUGAUGAUGUUGAAAGUAGAUUUCCACAAGAAAAUAUGAAAUCAUAUUUGUUGUAUAAUGCUGAACCCAUUGAUAGAUCACAUAAAAUUUAUUCAUGUCACAUUAUAAAUGAAACAGAAAGGCAAUUGCCUAAUGUGAGCACAAGACCAAGCAAUAAUUGGGAACCACCAAGAAAUGUAUUUGGUGAUAUAUAAGACCAAUG